UACAAAAGUCAAAAACUCAAAAUUUAUUAAAAUUACUUCGAAACCCUAAUUUCCCGACUCUCUCUCUCAGCAAUCCGACCUUUCUUUCUUCCCCACCACCACCAGCGCCUUCUCCAACGACCACCACCACCACUGCCUCCCGGUUCUCCGACGACCACCACCACCACUGCCUCCCGGUUCUCCGACGACCACCACCACCAGCAGCGCCUCCCAAUUCUCCGACGACCACCACCACCAGCAGCGCCUCCCAAUUCUCCGACGACCACCACCACUUGCGCCUCCCGAUUCUCCAACCACCACCAUCGCAACCAGGCCUCCCAGCUCUCCGAAGACCACCACCACCAGCGCUUCCCGGCUCUCCGAAGACAACCACCACCAGCGCCUCCCGGCUCUCCGACGACCACCAGCAAAGCCGCUCUCUCUAUCGGGUUUCUCUGUUAAAGUUUCUUUGUUUUGAUACAAAGUUUCUCUUCGGCUAUGGUGGUGGAAGAGAUGGCGGCGGAGGAGGCUAUGGUGGUGGAAGAGAUGGCGGCGGAGGAGGCUAUGGCGGUGGAAGAGAUGGCGGCGGCGGAGGAGGAGAAAGUGGUGAAAUCAUUCAAAGACUUGGGCGUGAAUGAACAAUUAGGGGAGGCCUGUGAAAGUCUGGGCUGGAAAAACCCUUCGAAAAUACAGGAGGAAGCAAUUCCUCACGCUCUCCAAGGAAAGGACAUAAUCGGACUCGCCCAAACGGGUUCGGGUAAAACCGGCGCCUUUGCAAUUCCAAUUCUUCAAUCGCUUCUUGAAGCGCCGCAGUCCUUUUUCGCGUGCGUUCUCUCGCCCACGCGCGAGCUGGCAAUUCAAAUUGCCGAGCAGUUCGAAGCCUUGGGUUCUGGAAUUGCUCUAAGAUGCGCAGUGCUCGUCGGAGGGGUGGACCAAGUACAGCAGAGCAUUGCGCUUUCGAAGCGGCCGCACAUUGUUGUUGCUACGCCUGGCCGUCUUCUUGAUCAUCUUACUAAUACCAAAGGGUUUUCGUUACGAACAUUGAAAUUCUUGGUGCUGGAUGAAGCAGAUAGAUUGCUCAACGACGAUUUUGAGAAAUCACUCGAUAACAUAUUGGAAGCUAUUCCUAAAGACAGAAGAACGUAUUUAUUUUCUGCAACCAUGACCAAAAAGGUGAAAAAGUUGCAAAGAGCUUGUCUGAAAAAUCCCGUUAAGAUUGAAGCUGCUUCCAAAUAUUCGACCGUCGAUACACUAAAGCAACAGUAUCGCUUUGUUCCUGCAAAGUACAAGGAUUGCUAUCUCGUUUAUAUUUUGACCGAAAUGCCGGGAUGUACAGCUAUGGUUUUCACUCGUACAUGUGACGCAACGACGUUAUUGGCACAUAUUCUUCGGACCCUUAGAUUCGAAGCUAUUCCAAUUAAUGGUCAUAUGACCCAGACGAAAAGGCUUGGAGCCUUAAACUUAUUCAAGUCCGGAAAAUGCAACAUUCUUUUAUGCACUGACGUUGCAAGUAGAGGACUCGAUAUUCCAGCCGUAGAUGUUGUUAUCAAUUACGAUAUUCCCACAAACUCAAAGGACUAUAUACAUAGGGUGGGAAGAACUGCUCGUGCUGGAAGGUCCGGAGUGGCAAUAUCGCUUGUGAACCAAUACGAGCUCGAAUGGUACAUACAGAUUGAGAAGCUUAUAGGUAAAAAGUUGCCCGAGUACCCUGCCGAUGAGGAAGAGGUUUUAUUGCUAUUGGAACGUGUUACGGAGGCCAAAAGAAUGACUCAAGCGAAAAUUAACGAGUCUGGUGAAAAGAAGAGGAGAAAACGAGAUGAAGAUGAUGGUGAGGAAGAUCUGAAGAAGUAUUUGCGUCCCAAUAAAGGGAAAUCGUUCAAGGGGAAAAGUUCCGGCGGUAAAGGAAAAUCGACCCGGGGGAAAAGACGUUGACCUAAGAAAAAAAAUUCAAAUCGGAUCAUAUUUAUUUUCAAUUUUGUAUUAUCAGUUUCCAAUUUGAAUUUUUUUUUUUUUUUUGGUAGAAAAAUGCAUAUGGUGAUAUUUGCAGGGAAUUUUGUAACUGUUACAAGUCUUACAAAUUUGUAGGGUUCCUUUGUUCUGAGGAAUUUCAGCUGUCCUAAAUGUUAUAUUAUGUUACAUAAUAUUUUAAUUGGAACUCUUUGGGAUGUGAUAUUUUAAUGUUUUUUUAGUGU